CUAUCUUUACGAGACACGUAGGUAACCAAAGGUUUUUUCUCCGAAUACAAGUAAAAGAAGAGGUCCAUAAAAGAGAGCUCUCUCGUUCAUGGCUGUUGUAUUUAACACUGUAUGGUUGUUGUGAAAAUAGUAUUGUUUAUCCGUGCAAGAUGGGUGUAAUGGCUAAGUUCUUAUGCAUGGUUGUAUUAAUUUGGAGACCAGUUUCAUUAGCGCCUAGUGCAAGAGAACCACGCUUGAGCUUAGCGGCGCAAAUGCCCAGUUAUUUCUAUCAGGCUGCUGAUGGCACAUAUAGUUUUGGAUAUGACAUAUUCGACCCAGAUUCCGGAAAUAAGCAGUUUCGUUCCGAAGAACGCUACCCUAAUGGAACAGUUGUCGGAAGUUAUGGCUACAAUGAUGCUUUAGGAAAAUCUCGUCGAUACAACUAUAUAGCCGAUGAAAGAGGAUACAGAGUUGCCAGCGAGAAGCUUAUUAAGGAGACAUAUUCGCUUCCAAUAAUCGACGAACCCCCCACAGAAUCAUCAGUAUCCUGGACAAGACCUCCAAAGCGAAAUAAUUCAAAACCAAAGCCUUUAGAAAGAAGAAAAUUUAAUUAUUUACAACCGCCUACCAAUUAUUUAUUGUAUUAAAUAAUUAUAAAUAA